AUUUUGGCUUAGUUUGAGGACGUUGAUUGGCUUAGUGACGUGACUUCGGCCAAAAUGGUAGGCACUCUCGCAGGCCGCCGAAAUGGCGCUUUGCUUCCGAGCGCUGCUCUUUUGGGCGCCGCAUGUGUGGCGUGCUUGCAAGCAGGGAGUGCAUUUGUGGGUCAGCGACCACUACCCAGGGUGUCCAAUCCACCUACGGUCCGCUACGCCGACAACUUCUUUGAGCGAUUUGCCCGAGUGGCCAAGGCAAAUGUCAACAAGGUAUUGCAGGGCAUCGAGGACCCUGAGAAAGUGUUGGACCAAGCCUUGGAUGAGAUGCAGGGUGACCUCAUCAAAGUCAGGCAGUCCUACGCAGAAGUGCUCGCAACGCAGAGGAGACUGCAGAACCAGAAGGAGCAGGCUGACAAGAUGGCAGAUGACUGGUACCGCCGGGCCGAGAUGGCAGUUGAGAAAGGCGAUGAUGAGCUGGCGAAAGAAGCUUUGACUCGGCGGCAAACAGCAGUGAGCAAGGUCAACGACCUCGCGGCACAGAUCGACACGAUGACCGUGAGCGUGGAAAAGCUCUUUGAGUCGGUCAAGGCCCUUGAGGCCAAGAUCUCUUCGGCCAAGGAGGAGAAGGAGCAGCUUAUUGCCAGAGCAAGGACUGCCAAGACAACAUCACAGGUGAACGAGAUGCUGUCUGAUAUCACCAGCGUCGGCUCCACAGGAGCAUUUGAGCGCAUGAAGGAGAAGGUUGAAAUGCUGGAAACCCGCGCAGAGGUUUCGCAGGGACUGCUGCCGGAAGCGCAGUCUUCAGGAAGCCUAGAGGACCGAUUCAAGCAGCUGGAAUCUGGAAGUGCGGUGGACGAUGAACUGACAAAGCUCAAGGGCAAGAAGGCCCUGCCGGAACCUUCGGAAGGCAAGAGCUCUGGCGCGGGCUCGGGCUCGGCCAUCGAUAGCGAGCUGGAGGCCAUGCGCAAGAAGCUGAAGGAGACUGCGGACUGAGCUGAGCACAUUCAAACUUUUUUACACAGUCGACAGGCUGACGCACGGUUUCCAAAACCACAUGUCGCCUGAAGACAGUGGCCGGACCUUACAGCAGCUCGCGCUCUAGCUGCAAAGCUCGGACCACGUCCUUUGCUUGUUUCACGCUUUGAAGUGCCGCAGUGCUCGACAAGUGGCAUUUUUCCUUAUUCUUGGCCACAGCUGUUAUGCUGCCAGAGUUUUGCGUCUUUGAAUAGUUCUGAUAUUUGAUGCUUGG